AUGGUAGUAUAUUCGUGGGCGUGUGUGUGCUGCAUCGCCAUUGCAGCUCUAUCGUGCUCCACUACGUGUCGGCAGCACGACUGGGACGCGCUCAACGGCAUGAGAGCAAUGCACUACAAGACCUUUGACUGUACACCGGCUUCCAUCGGCCUCCAUGCAGUGAACAUCUUCCUGGCUGUGCUUGAGCUCAUUCUCGGUUUUGUGGUCUCCAUUCUCAGCUGCUGUGGACUCUGCACCAUGCGCCGCCCGGCGGCACAGACAGUGAUCUACGCUGCAGGUCCGGUUCCCGGUGGAGCAGAAGGAAACAUUGUCAUCAUGCAGGGAAUCACAGGUGCCCAGGGGAGCCAACCGCAGAUGUUCUUGGCGCAGAACCCAGGUGCCGCAGGCGCACCUGUGCAGGUGUUCUACCCCGCCCAGCAGGCGCCACCUGCGUACCAGGUGGACCCAGGUGCGGCGUCAGGUGCUCAUGACGAGAAGAAAGGUCCCCUACCUGCUGGUUCCGUGUUUGUCAUGGCGUGCGCGUACGAACCUCGCGUGGUGCGUGGACUGGGCUGGACCCUGGUCGUCCUGGGAUGCCUCAGUGUGACGCUAGGGGUCGCUGCCGACAUCGCCUUCGCCGACCACCGCACCCCGUUCCACUUCUUCAGCGCACCUGUCUGGAGCGGGCUGCUGGUUCUUACGGCAGGCAUUCUGGGUAUUUUAAGCGCUAAGAAACCAACAAAUAAAUGCCUGGUUGUAGCGUUCUUGGUGGUGGGCGUGAUCGUCAUCGUGAUGUGUGUGCUCUGCAUCGCCUUCGCGGCCCUGGGGAUCGUGCUGAACCACCACGUACCCCAUCUCUGUGGGCAUUUCGACUGGGACGCUUACAAUGCCACUCGGGCACUCAAUGUGAGCUACCCGAACCCGUUCUUGGAUCCUAAAUUCGGGGACUACCAGACUUUUGACUGCACACCGCAUUCCAUCGGCCUCCAUGCAGUGAACAUCUUCCUGGCUUUGCUCGAGAUCAUUCUCGGUUUUGUGGUCUCCAUUCUCAGCUGCUGUGAAAUGUGCACCAUCCGCCGUCUGGCGGCACAGGUUGGUACUGCAGAUGGAACACUGAAGCUUAGACAUUAG